AUGUGCGAUCAUCAUCACCACGGCGGAAGCUGCGCGCACGAGCAUACGGAGGAGCCCGAGAAGGAACGCGGUGCCGAGUAUUCUCUCUACCAGUACAUUGACACGGGCGGACUGACUUGCCUCAACGAACGAGGCAGCGGCACGGUGGCCAAAGUGUUCAAGCCCUGGGACCAACGCCUCGACCGGACCGCGGUCGUGGAGAGCGACACAGACGAGCAGUUGAUUAUCCACAUUCCGUUCACUGCGUCUAUCAAGCUGAAAGCGAUCAACAUCAUCGGAGGCGCUGAUGGCACCAGCCCCGGUAAACUCAAGGCCUGGAUCAACCGAGAGGACAUCGACUUCUCGAGCGUGGACGACGUCGCCCCCACGCAAGAAUGGGAGCUCUCCGAGAAUCCUCAGGGCGAGAUCGAAUAUCCCACCAGGAUCACCAAGUUCCAGAACGUGACGUCGCUCACGCUGUACAUCCCCGAAAACUUUGGUGCUGAGCGAACGAUCAUUUCGUACAUCGGGCUCAAGGGCGAGUUCAAGACGCUGAGCAGGAAGGCGGUCAACGUGACCUACGAAUCCGCGGCGCAGCUCAAGGAUCACAAGGUGCCCGAGUCUGAACAAAUGGCGCGGCACAUUGGGCAGUAG